UAAAGUCCCCGUUUCUUUUCCAAAAUGGACGUACUUAAGGUUUUGCAGAGCUUUUUUUUCUUUUCUUGACACGUUCUGAAGCAGCAUAUGCUCCCUGAAAACCUGCAUUUUGGAAAUAAUAGCGGAAAAUUGGGAAUACCAGAAGUUUCCAACAAUGCACCAGUUUCGUCCACCAGUGUUUGGAGCGCAUAAUAAAAGCAGAAGUUCUCUUCAGGAACUGGGGCUGGACGGAGCGAACAACUGUUUGGUUUUAUAACUUCUGUGCGCUCUCUCUUCCUCUUUUCUCUUCUCUGCCUCAGCCCUUGGAGUCUGAAAGCGAAUGGGUAAACGAUUUAUGCGGAUAAAAUAACUUUCAAACGAUUGAAGUCGACGGGUUUGAGACUUAGAAGAUCAUAACGCAUCUGAACUUCUAGAGAUUGUAAAGAAAAGGAAUGCUGAGCAGAAGAGGCGCAUGGAGAGAUGCUGUUUCUUCUACCAUGGAUCUAAAGGGCACUUCAGCGGUUUUAUUGCUUUUGCUUCUAUGCUUGUGCCCUGUUUUCAGUCAAGAACUCAAUCCAAAGGGUAGGAACGUGUGCAAAGUUCCAGGGUCACCAGGGUUUACAUGCUGCAGCGGAUGGGCGCAGCAAGGCGAGGAGUGUUUAACGCCUCUCUGCGAAGGUAACUUCACUUGUAAUGAGAACGAGGUUUGUGUCCGACCAAACGAAUGCCGCUGUCGUCAUGGAUAUUUUGGGGCAAGUUGUGACACAAAGUGUCCCGCUCAGUUCUGGGGUCCAGACUGCAAGGGCAUGUGCACGUGUCACCCUAACGGUAAAUGCGACGACGUGACCGGGAAGUGCACGUGCUACCCAAACCGCUGGGGUGAGAACUGCCAGAAGCCCUGCAACUGUCAGAAAGGGAAAUGUGACCAGGAGACGGGCAAAUGCACCUGCCAUGCCGGGUACUGGGGGCCGCAGUGCAACAACAAUUGCUACUGCAGCAUCAACUCAGUGUGCGACCAGAACAUGGGCCGGUGCAUCUGCAACCCUGGUUGGUUCGGCCGGAACUGCGGCGCUCAGUGUGUAUGUAACAACUCGCCUUGUGAGCAGUUUACGGGCCGAUGUCAGUGCAGGGAGAGGCUCUGGGGUCAGCGCUGUGAACGGCACUGUCAGUGCGCCAAUGGGAAGUGUAACCCUGUGGAUGGAUCAUGUACCUGUAAACCCGGAUACAGAGGAAAACUAUGCCGGGAGCCGUGUCCAGCUGGAUUCUAUGGACAGAACUGCAAAAACAAGUGUGGCCACUGUAAAGGCCAGCAGCCCUGUAAGGUGACGGAGGGUCACUGUGAAACGUGUGCGAGCGGCUGGAACGGGACAAAAUGUGAUCAGAUGUGUGCAGAGGGUUACUUCGGAGAGAACUGUAAGGAUCAGUGUCCGCCGUGCAAAGACGGUCACUUCUGCAACCGGAUCAACGGGAAGUGUUCCCACUGCAAUCCCGGCUGGAUUGGAGAUCGCUGUGAGGUGCGCUGUCCUAAUGGCACCUAUGGAGAAAACUGUGAAAAAGACUGCAGCCAUUGUUUUAAUGGAGACUGCCAUUUUUCCACAGGAGAGUGUCUCUGUAACCCUGGCUUCUAUGGGACAUACUGCAACCUGACCUGUGAGUUGGGUCAGUUUGGAGUGAACUGUGCCCAGGUCUGUCCAUGUCACGACAAGAACUGCAACCCAGUGUCAGGAGCCUGCAACCUAUAUCCUAAUCAGCGGAUGGGAGUAAUAGCUGCGGGAACGCUGGUGACAUUCCUGCUGGUGGUUCUUCUCUCUCUGCUGUGCUGCUGCUUCCUCUGUAGCAACAAAGACAACCGCAACCCUGACCAGGAAAACUCCACCAACAGCAAGAAGGCCAAAAUAAUCCUCUGCGGCGGAUUCAGUCGAAUCAGCACCAAACUUCCCAGAAUCCCUCUGAGGAGACAGAAACUACCCAAAGUUGUUGUCACCCACCACGAUCCUGAGAACACCUUCAACAGUAUUAUCGAGCCGCCCUCCGUGGUGGACCAGCCUUCUCCAUCAUGGUCAUCCCAGGAGUCCUUCUCUUCCUUCGAGACGAGCGAAGACGGGCCCGUCUACUGCGUACCCCACGAAGAGACUACGAAUGAGAGCUAUGACAAGCGAAAUUCUAGCGCUGCUCAAGAAAUACCACCGACCCCCAAUGAUGAGGACGCAGGAGAGUACACAUCCCUCAAAGACACAAGAGAAACUACAAAGCAGUACGUUAGCGAUGGGAGCGAGCAGCCUCUCCUGAAGUCUUCAGACAGCGAGGGCUCCACCAGUGGUUCUGAGUCAACCAUAGGAGCUGUUUACGCCCAUGUCGCCCGCCUUUCCAAACACUCCAAAGAGGAGGAGGACAACGCCUCACCGGAGAAGACAAAAGAGAAGACGAAACCUCGUCCUCCAGACCCUUCUACCAAACCGAAGUUGUCCUGGAUCCACGGAACAUCUGGAACCAACCCAACAGAGCAAAGCCAGACUCCAUCACCACAAAAAGAGAAGAGGAAGAACAACACAGAAAGUUCUGGAAAGGUUGGUGAGAAGCAGCGGUCAAAGGAGAAGUCGAGCAAGAACCGUGAAAAGCAUCAGGACGGUAAGAAAGCAGAUGGACCCGAAUCACCAAGCAAAAGCAAAUCUCACAAAGCUUCAGAUACCAUUGAGCACCUCAAUGGAACAUUCCAGAACGCCCUGAAGAAGAUCGGAAACUUCCACUCAGACAAGAAAACAAACGACACCAACAAAGAUCCACCCAAGAGCCCAAAGAUCAUGCAUCCGCACAUGAACUCUGAGGCCGCCACGCUACUCGCGGCUCAGUUGAAGGAAAAGACCCAAAGCCUUAACCGGAACGAAAAUCUCACGGUGGGCAUCAAGCCCAACGGUGUGUCAACACCUCAAGCCAACCGAGAGAAACCCACCCCACCUCAAAAGACCAAACGCUCUGCAACUGGGACCAACAAGCCCCUUCUUCCCACCUCCAGCAACCUCCAAAAGAUGGUGGCUCCAAUUUCAGACUCUACACCUGAACCUAAAAGCCCAGAAAAGCUAGGGGUUAAUGGGACAAGAGUUGAAGGAGACGCCACCCCAAAGAAAACGCCCAUCAAAAAACCACCGAGGAAGAAAGGAAAGGAGGGAAUACUGGAGACGGAAGGCAAAACCACUCCAAAGACGGCCAUUAUGCCACCUCAGACUGUCAAGUAGAUCUUUGAUCACAUUGGUGUGUCCAUUUUUGAGAAUAUAAACGUACAGUUUUUCUUUCGUUAAACAUUAUAUAGGAAUUGGAUGGAUUUUUUUUUUUUAAAUGGACGAGCUGCUUAUAGGAUUUAAUAUUUUGUUGGAUUGUGGUUCUCGUUAACUCUUUGAAGACCAGGAAUCAGAAAUGACGUCAUGGCUUGUGUACAGUAUUAAAAAGGAAGAGUAAACGAAUUUAAUGCAAUAAGCUCAUCUUGUAUGCUCUCAGUUUUACAUAUGCAUCACUCCACGUCCAAAGAGAGAUUUUCCAAUACUAUCGUAAUUGUGUGAUCAGCAGGUUUUUGUGUCUGAAAGGUUGUAUUUAGCACUGUUUUCAUAGGUGUAAAGAAUGAACCAAAGUUACUUUAAAGGUACAGAAUGAAUGAUUCCAAUAUUCAUUUUCUCUCAGGCUGUAUCAGUAUAGUCAAUACCUUGUAAACGAUGUCAUGAAGAAAAUUCUCUGUCUGGGUUCUUAGACAUGUCAUUUGAUUCACGUUCACCAGUACUUCACCUUGCAUCAUGCU